AUCUCCCGUUGCGCGCGCACUUUCUUGACGCGAAUAUCCGAGACCUUUGUUCCCCCUGCGUGCAGAAAGGAGAGAUCUCGCAUACAAGUCGUACGGUUUGGUAAUAAGUCGAGAAAAGAAGGCAGAAACUGGCCAGCUGACAUGCAAAAAAAAAACUGACCGGAUAAGCUAGCCCAGUUUUCUCAGCCGCGCUAGCCCUAGCCCAACAGCUUGAACUUGAAUCGAAAACGUGCAGGCCGCGCCAUUACAUCUUGCCGGACUUUAUCUUGUUUGUCAUCGCUUCAUCUCUAUGAAAUUCCAGAGAAGAAGACGCAGGGUAAGCGAGGAGAAAAAGUUCGCGAGGCGACCACGGGAGAGACAAUAAGCCUCUACGCAGAGUCUGCCCGCUAAAGCGGAGACGCGACGGCUCCCCAAGAAGACUGGCACGAACACGACGUUUUUUCCGACCCCGUGCUUGACGUUCGAGCCCAGGGCCUAGUUAGGCGCGCGUCUGCUCAUCUUCCAUCUCUCCCAUACAGUUCUUUCUAGUACACAGUUUUCUCACCAUCUCCUGCCGUGUUUUCAUCCCUCCGACAUUUGUGGAGCCCCUCCUUCGCAACGACAGGCUCUGUGCAAGCCGCAUCGCUUCCCGGACAAAAAAAGAGCUGUGCCGCGACCAUAACAGAAAGAGGCCACUUUUUGCAAAUGACGGAGACCUUGUAUUAUGGUGCGCAACUUUUUUUCUGCUGCACCGGGGACAACUCGCGAGGUCACACUGAGUGUACCCCGUCAGCUGUGUGGCACGCAUGUGUGGCGAGCUCGGAUUUUUAACGACGUUGACACAGGAAAGGGAAGCGAGGACUCGACAGUGAAUGAGAGGGGAAGCCAGGGGGAAGCCACUAAGGAGAGACCCACCAGGGAAUAGGCCCACGAACGUAUAUUCGGCUCUUCUAGUGCGUUUCGGCAAACGUAGUUCAGCAAGGAAAGAAAUCUGUCCGUUUUCCCUCGGUAUACGCUGCAUCAAGUGGAACGCGACCGGCCCUCGAUUUUUCCAGGGUCUGUACAUCAUCGUCAAAGACAACGGCCCGCCACACGACGCAGACUUUUCAUGGGUCAUUAUUCUCCGCUUCAGCUUGCUCCCUGAGCCUCUUUGGAAGAAACAACGUUUGUCGUUUUUUCCAGAAACGUGAUUGACGUAGAACAGCAAUGGCAACGCCACCCGAACGGUCCCCUAGCGGGACAAACACCACCAGUGCUGGGAGCCUGCAGACGGACCACCUCACCGACAAGAAGCCGGCCGCAGGCGGAGCCGAAGAAGGUCGCAACCUCCCAAUGCGAGUUAUGUACCUGCAUGAGCUGAGGGCCUUUCCUGACCCGAACAUCCAACAUAUGCUGGAGGAAUGCGUCGGGAAGGAAAAUCUUAUCAUUCCAAAGUUCAAGUCCAAGCGGAUCAUGACGUGGUUCGGUAUUUGUUUUGGCGUCCUUUUGCUCGUUCUGAUUGGAGCUGUUGUGACGGCAUUUGUCAAUAACAGCAUGAUGACUGGGAUUCUCUCGCUGGUAGCAACGCUCGUUGUAAGCGGGAUUGUCUUCUCCCUGGCCGGACGGGCAGUUACAAGCCUCAUGGUCAAGCAAGCAGUUACAUCCGCUGAAGAGGCCUUCAAGGAGUCGAAGCCGAACGUCAUUGUGGCGUCUUCUCUCGGAGCCGUUGUGUGCCUUCAAAUGGACAUUCCCAAACUGCCUGUUUUACUCCUCAGUCCAGCGCUUGACCAGUACUACCGCUACAUGCAUUUGAAGCCUCUAGCAUCCAUUGCGGACUACCCAUACGUCAUCAUCGUCCACGGAAGCGUUGACAGCGAAAUUCCUCUAGACGAUUCGAUUCGCCUCAUCGAAACCUCCGAAGUAGGCAGGUGCAGGCUGGAGGUUGUGGAUGACGGCCACAAGCUGUCAAGUCUAACUGCAGCUGAUUUCAGGCGAUGGGUCGAUGAAGUUUUUGAACGUGGACGCGAAGCCGUUACCAAGAUGAGCCAGGCGGGAGUCAAGUCUGUAGAUCUAUCGCUGUUCCAAAACGCGGACGUUGCAAGCCUCUCGUGACCGGCAAGGAGCCGGUGACCACAGUUAGAACAGGCUUCAAAUUCAUCAGACCCUCGAAAAACUGAAGAGCCGUAAAACCCAGUGCACGUCUCCGACGUCGGAUUGAGUUGUUCAUAACGCGAUGCCAGCGUCUCUUCGUGAGUCAUGGAAAGUCAAAGGAGCUUACUCAGCAGCGUCAUGUUUCCUCACGUGCUUUUUUCCACAGAAGAAAUUUGGCGAAUACGUGGAGCUGGCUGGUUUACAGCUUCCCGUAUGCGCAGUCUUGCUUGUUGCGCACCUUCUGGAGCGCUUGGAAGAAGGACGGUUUCAGCGGCGUUUCUCUUUUCGAGAUGCUUCCCCUGUUGCAUGUGACUAUGCUCAUCCAUAUGCGUACGUCUGUGCAUGCACACAUUUCUAUAGGCGAACUUCACUGCGCAUAGCUAGAAGGGGCCGUGUAAAGUACUGCAUUUCUGUCGACCUUCCUGUUCGACUUUUAUUCCCCGGCGAUAACGUCCACUGAAAGACGUUAAUCCUAGAAGCGUCUAAGUGGCUGCAUGCCGCGAACGGGACUGACCACACACGGGGGUGAUUCACAGGGGUUUCAUAUGUCCUCUGUAUUCUACGGUAAUGUUUGGUACGUGGAAAACGCCGUUGUAUUAGUUAAACCGCCCGACAAGAUCAUCCUCUUCGGUUGUUGAUGUGAAAAGGUUCUGGUUGCCGUCUCAAAAGGAAACGUCCGUGGAACACGAUUCCAGUCGGUAAUAUCAGGUAGUGGCGCUUUCGCGUGCGAAUAAGAAUGCAGCAUACCAUAGUGACUUCUGAAUCGUUCCUCUUUCCGAUGUUCCAUUUCAGGUGCAUCUUUGCUGUCGAACGUAACAGCUGUGACCGUGUUGACCAUUUGUAAGCAGUUGAUUUCGUGUUUCGGACAGGACUAUGUCUUUAAUUCUGCUGUUAACAGUC